CUGACGAAAUCAAGUGUUGGAAUAUUAGAGAGAGAAACACUUAUUCUAUAUACGAUAUAUAGAGAGAAACUGCAUGCCUUUGUGAUUGUAGAGAAAAAAGAAAAAAAAGAUUAUUUUUUCGGAAUGGGUUUUGGGCUUUAAUCAAAAGGGUCAAUUAUUUUUCUUAUAUAAAACCCAUUAGUUUUAGAGAAAUUGAAAAAUAAUUUGAAAGUUGAAAAAACUUGAAACAAUUUGACUUUCUGAUUACAACCUUGGACAGUCUUUAUCCCAGAGAGACAGUGUUACUGUGUUUGGAGAAGGAUCUGAACAUUGUUUUUUCUUAAAAAAUACAACUUUCUUGCAGUGUCCAAGUAAAAGCAAAGGAGAAUGGAAAGGAAUGGUCAGAUGGGUUUGAUUGGAGAGAGUUUUGAGGCUGGUUUGAUAGGGAGGAUGAGGGAAGACGAGUACGAAAGCAGGUCGGGAAGUGACAACUUUGACGGCGGCUCUGGCGAUGAACUCGAUGCUGGCGAUGAUCAGCCACGGAGCAAGAAGAAGAAAUAUCAUCGACACAGUCCUCAACAAAUUCAGGAGCUCGAAAACUUCUUCAAGGAGUGUCCUCACCCCGAUGAGAAGCAAAGAUCUGAUCUUAGCAGGAAGCUCGGCUUGGAGAUCAAGCAAGUGAAGUUCUGGUUUCAGAACCGGCGAACUCAGAUGAAGACACAAUUGGAACGCCAUGAGAACAUGCUUCUGAGGCAGGAAAAUGAGAAGCUCCGGGCGGAGAACAGUUUGAUGAAAGACGCGAUGGCAAAUCCAACAUGCAGCAACUGCGGCGGUCCAGCAAUUCCAGGACAAAUUUCAAUGGAGGAACACCAGAUAAGAAUUGAGAAUGCUCGGUUGAAGGAGGAGUUGGGCCGAGUCUGUACCUUGUCCAACAAGUUUCUCGGCCGCCCACUCUCGGCACUGGCCUCCAUGACUAUGCAGACUCAGAAUUCGGGUCUUGAGUUUGGCAUGGGAAGGAACGGCAUUGUUGGUUCAAGCAAUUUCAACAUGUCACUUCCGAUGGGAUUUGAUAUGGGAGACGGGGUUAUGGGAACUCCACCCCCAUAUCCUGGAUCUCGAACACCGAUGGGAAUGAUGGGAAAUGAUGCUCAUCAGGAGAGAUCUAUGCUUCUUGAACUUGCAUAUGCUGCUAUGGACGAACUGAUCAAGAUGUCUCAGCCUGAUUCCUCUCUCUGGAUUAAGGUUUCAGAUGGCACGAAGGAAGUACUUAAUCAUGAGGAGUACUCCAGGAUUGGUUCUCCCUUUAACGAUCCAAAACCAAAUGGUUUUGUAACUGAAGCUUCAAGAGAAAUUGGAGUGUUAAUCAUCAGCAGUGCAGACCUUGUGGAAACAAUGCUGGAUGUGGAUCGUUGGUCAGAGAUGUUUCCGUGUAUGAUUGCUCGAGCGCAUACCUUGGAAGUUAUAUCUAAUGGAACGGAUGGAAGCAGAAAUGGAUUUAUGCAAGUGAUGCAAGCUGAGCUUCAAUUGCCUUCUCCAUUAGUCCCUGUGCGACAAUAUACCUUCCUAAGGUAUUCCAAGAAGCAUGCCGAAGGUGUCUGGGUUGUGGUUGAUGUUUCGAUCGACAUCGGCCGUAAUGCUGCCAAUGGAAGCCCUUUCAUGAGCUGCAGGAGACUUCCUUCUGGAUGCAUUUUGCAGGAUAUGCCCAAUGGUUUAUGCCAGAUUACUUUGGUUGAUCACUCUCAAUACGAUGAGAGUGUCGUCCACCAAAACUUCCGGCCAUUGGUUAAUUCUGGCAUCGCGUUUGGUGCUCAUAGAUGGGUUGCAACUCUCCAGAGGCAGUGUGAAUCACUUGCAAUCGUCAUGUCUGCUGCACCAACCGAAGACCCCACAGCCGUAAGCCCAGCAGGAAAGAAAAGCAUGUUGAAGCUCGCACAGCGGAUGUCUGAUUACUUCUUGUCUGGAAUUUGUCUUUCGUCGGCUUGCAAUUGGGAUGUCCUUCAUAUUGGUAAUAUAGGAAACAGUGACAUGAAAAUCAUGUCUCGGAAACAUAUGGAUGGCCCUGUUGAAUGCAUUGUGCUAAGUGCUUCAACUUCUGUUUGGAUGCCGGUGUCACGCCAAAGGGUGUUUGAUUUCCUCAUUGAGGCACGGUUGAGAAGCGAGUGGGAUUCUCUGUCCAAUGGUGAAACCAUGCAGGAGAUGGUUCACAUUGCUAAAGGUCAAGCUCUUGGAAAUUCCGUUUCUAUCCUCCGUGCCAGUAAUGCUGUUGGUAAUGGAAAUGAGGAUAUGCUAUACCUACAAGAUUCAUGGACUGAUAGCUCUGGCUCGAUGAUCGUGUAUUCUCCAGUCAGUUUGCAAUCCUUGAACGUGGUGAUGGGCGGUGGAGAUUCUUCAUUUGUUGCUCUUCUGCCUUCUGGCUUUUCAAUUCUUCCAGAUGGCCACUCAAACAGCAACAAUAUUGUCGGAGGUUCAAGUGAUGGAAGCGGCAACUUCGGCGGAGAGAAUGACAACAGCGGAUGCUUGCUGACAGUUGGAUUACAAAUGUUGCUGAAGAACCCUCAGACAGGCAAGAUGACAAAGGAGACGGUUGAUACUGUUAAUUCGCUCAUCGCAGGCACCAUUGAGAAGGUCAAAGAUGCUCUUGGAGUUGCAUGAUGAAGAGUAGUUUUGAUAGUAAUAAAUAAGAAUAAGAAUAAGAAUAUACCCUUUUUAUUUCUUGAAAUAUUUGGUUAUUUUUUCUAAUAUUUUGGAUGUCUAGGGGAUUUUAUGUUGUUUAUGUUUUACUUUGCUUGUAGGUAAAGUGAAUAAUAUUGCAUGACUUUGUUGCUUAUAUUGAAUGUGUUUAUAUUAUAUUCGAAUAAUUUGGUUAA